AUGGACCCGGUCUUUCAGGCUGUGGAAUUGUGGAGCCCAACCCCACCUGCGCACUUUGACGCUGAGAGGCUGUUUGGUAAAAGGGAUACCUGUUGGAACAAGUCAACGCGUCAAAAUUAUACGGCCGUCGGUACAAAUAUAUCACAGCAAAAGCAAGGAUUAGGGGCUGUUUGUUGUAUGGAAACUGCCCUGCAUCAUCAAAAUCAAUAUAUAUUCAUCGAGCAAUUGCCGUACAAAUCACCACCGCCGCCGCUUACCAACCGUCAAACACGACGAAGCCAGAAUAAUGAUUCUAGAUUGGGCAUGAUAUCUUCGAUCCUACGUCGAAGAAUUACUCCCAAUCGAAUUGCAAUCCACCAUCACCCUAGAUCUCAACAUUUGAAGCUCUUGUGCUUAGGCAACACGGACAAAAUGGCGGAUGAAACGGGGAGGAAGGGGAGCGAGUUAGACGGUGAAUCUUCCAAGUUGAUCAUUGAGAACACACCGGAGGCAAAUAAGCAAUCGAUUCCGCCACCGCCGCCGCCGGAGAAGCCGUUGCCUGGGGAUUGUUGCGGCAGCGGAUGUGUCCGAUGCGUUUGGGACGUCUACUACGACGAGCUGGACGAAUACAACAAGCUUUACAAACCAAGUUCUGAUCUUAAAUCCAAUUCCAAGCCUUCUUAG